CCGACUCUGAAAAGGGAAGCAGUCUGAUUCAUGAAUAAAAAUCCGAGUGCAAGUGUAUAACAAACAAUAGUUCAUAAAAAGAUAAGAUGUAGACAAAUGUUUACAAAGACAUCUGUUGCUAUGUGCAUUUCAAACAUUGUUUGCGAAGAUUUCUGAUAAUUGCAUAUAUAUAAUAGUGCAGAACGGUGGCAAGUUGAACGGCAUCAGAAUCUCAGCGUCGCUUCAGUGAAUUGCCGAGAGGAAGAUUUUUCAGAUUCAGAAGUAAACCUGGACCAGAUCGUGCACAACACUCAACCAAACUGCAAUAGAUUAAGAAUGUCCAACAAAGCGACAAUAGCAUUCAUGGUUGUGUAUGGAAUCAUAAUGCAUUGCAAUGUCUACUGUUCACCGACCGGAAUGGAUUAUCCAGGAUUUAGGGACGAAGAUGAGGCAUAUGAUGAAAAAGGAAACUCACUACCCGAUUUGACCUACGAAACUGAUCGAAAUGGCAUCCGAAUUCCUUCGUCGAUGAUUAAUGAUCUAAAUACGUUAAGCGAUCUGCCGGAGAAAAGAACCGAGAGACAUGCUGAUUGGCUAUUUACUAAAAGCCUAAGUUCCUUUAUGAAAAGUGGAUUUGUAAGGUCGUUCCUAAACGAAAACAUGUCAAAACGCGAUAGUGGCAGCAAUGUUGAGAAGGAUACGGAACCCCUGUCAAAGCGACAUUCCGAUGGCAUCUUUACUGAUAGCUACAGCCGCUACAGGAAACAGAUGGCUGUCAAGAAAUACCUGGCAGCUGUCCUGGGGAAAAGCCCUGAAGAUAUUUAUAUUCUCCAAAUUUUCGACGAUUUUGAUGCCCUGCUUAGGCUGCUUGAAUGGGUUUAUGGUAUUGGUUUGGGAGAAUUGCUGCAGCAGAUGUCCUUGUCGGUGAGUUCCAGCAUAGGCUGCUUACACACGAGACAAAUUAAAGGGCGCUGGCCCCAUUACUAAAUAGCUUCUCGAUGUUAUCUUAAUCGACUUCAAACUCACAUGUCGUCUGGAGUCACCAUAUAGUAAUAUUAACGGUGAAACCUAGGAACAGAUGUCAUGGAAAGACGAAUCUUUCCUGAGUGACUUACCAAAUUCUAAAGCUCGACUCUGUUAAAAGGUGGUUCUCUCAUUUAUUGUUGAUAGCAGAUAAACAAUAAAUAGGACGUCACUUCAGGAAUCAGAAAUGAACAAAUGCUAGAACCACCUUGUAACAAUCACAUCAUAUAAGGUGUCUUUACCCAAAAUUUAAAAAUAUUGAAAGAUUCUUUUUUUUACAUCAAUGCGCAGCUGCAUUUCCCUUAAGACCUCUCCAAAAGGCAGAGAGAUUGAGUAUUGCAGAUCACCUCACACAAUGCUUUAGUGCUUUUAUUUUGCACUGCACAAAGAGGAAAUGCAGCUUCGACUAAAACGUUAAAUCACGACAAUCUCAUUUCAACCGGAGACGAGUGAUCGUCAUCUUUUGCUGGGCAUCAAACUACAAAUUAGACUUUAUCUUAAAAUCCACAACCUAAAUAAGAAUGACACCGACUAUCAUAACAACCAAUAUUUACACUUAAGAACUAGGUUUCACUUUACUGAGGCGACUAAAACAGGCAUGUGAGUUUCAAAAGUUAGACAACAUUCGGGUUCAACGCGGAACGUAUUUAUUCGUGUAUAACUGAGUAUUGUCCAUGAUUGAAUUACAAGUGCUAUAAUCAUUAAAUUUCUGCUAAUCAUAAACGUGCUGGUCAUGUGGAAGACUGAUUGCUAAAGAAAGUCACCAUGGAAAAUAAAAAAAAAAUUCGCUGUUUUAGUUUAUUUGAAAAUUUUUCUGUAGAAAUAAGAACUAAACCAAUCGCAGGAAGGGCAGAGGUUGCAUAUAUCCUUUUGGAGAAAAAAUGUAACUCAUAGGCGUUUGAAUCUAUGCCUGCAUGAAAUCAAUCUUAUUUUAAUUUUGCAUUCUCCUCCAGGCAAAUUGAUCCAGCAGGAUGCAGCUUGCAGCUUUGGUGCCUUGAUUCGUCAUUUAUAUCGACAUGAAUUACGAGGGUUUAUUUUUUUCUUUUUCUUUUAAAAGCGGCCCUACAUUGCUGCAACACAUCAGCUUACAUUUGAGGCUCUUACAGUUCGCGGAUCUCGUGGUAUCUCGUUGCAAAGUUGUGUUGAGUCGGUGAUUUCUGUACUGCACUAAGUGUGGUGUUCAGCCUGUGAGACUACUAAUUAUUCUAGACACUUCAAUAAAAUGUUGUGCUUCGUUAAUGUUCGCGUGACCAAACCACCUUAUGUAUAAUUAUAGGGACACGAGAUGCCUUACUAAACUUUACACAGAUUACAGCAUUUGAUCGAUUUUGAUUAAACAGUAAUAGAAACUGCAAUUCUGGACAUCUUUUUAUUUUGUGCAGUUGUGAAA